CUCUCUACUGUCAUAGUGAGUAAAGUUUUCGAUCAAACACAGUACGACAUGGAAGUUCUUUGUCAUAAUUUUGCCAGCAACCCCAAAUUUACUCCAAUUUCUGUUGGCCGCAACGACACAUUUAAAAUAUCGACUACUACUAGCCGUAACAUGAAAAUGUACCAACAUAUGAGCGGCUCAAGGGUGAGACCAUCGGCAUUGCCGUUGAAGAUAACACAAUUUAUAAUAUGUCCGUCAGACUCUUCAGCGCCAGUGGUGAGUACUCCUGCAUCCUUGCAAGAUGUCGAGGCCGGGAAAUUGAUUGAGAAUAAUCCGAUCGACGAGGGAUAAUGAAGAAUUGUUCCAGUACUUGCUUGAAAUAUUGGCUUCGAGAGUACGAUGUAGCGAUUGAUUCCUCAUUGCAGCAUGCAACAAAGCUUUCAAAGAGACUUGGGGUUAACCUUUUUUUCAAAAGAGAGGAUAUGCAGUCCGUGUUUUCAUUCAAGCUUAGAGGAGCUUACAGCAUGAUGACCAAACUCACAAAGGAACAAUUAGACAAAGGAGUUAUUACAGCAUCAGCUGGAAAUCACGCACAAGGAAUUGCAUUAGGUGCUCAGAGACUUCAAUGUACUGCUAAAAUUGUCAUGCCUGUUACCAGCCCAGAGAUCAAGAAAUGACAAGAUCUACACCUACACCCAUUGAUGAAAAUAGGAAUAUCAAUGAUGAAGGAUUGGUCGACACAACUAAUAGAACAACAGGAGACACAUUAAUGGAGGAUCUAAAUCAAGCUUCCAUCCCGAUGGGUGAUUUACGAGAAUUCUUGUAAGGAGAGAUGGCGGAGGUGAUGAAACAAAUGAUGGUGGAAAUACGACAAAACCCCUCAAGACCGCCUCCUCUGAACAGAAUUGUUGGUUCAAGUCGGGUAAUGCCCCUUGAGCAAAGAAACUUAAACGACGAGCUAACCAAUGCCGAUGAUCUCGACGUAGCAGUAGCAACGACUCACGGCGAUGCUGACAUCCGUACAAUCAUACCCGAACUAAUAUUGCAGCGGUUCGAGGAGCAUAUGAAAAAAUUCAAAGAGCAUGAACACAGAAUCAUCAGAAUACCUGGGGCCCCACCCGCUAUCAAAAAAGAGGAUGAUAGUGACUACAUAUAUCAUCCAUGGAAAGAUUCUAUAGAUUUGGAACACGUUCCAGAAAGUUUCAAG